AUGGCGGUACUUGUCGAUGAUUAUCACUUCAAACUCGAAUUUGAGACUUAUCCGUCGAUUCAAGCUGGAUUAUUUGGCAAAGAAAAGUUCCUUUUGGCUCUCACUCUCUUAAUCGACAUCUUGGCGAUUAUUGCCAGCUUACUCAACGUCGUCAGCAUUCAAGUCACUGAAACGGAAUAUUCUGUUUCAGUUUCAUUCAUAAAUCUCGGGUUCGCUAUCGUUCUUCUCAUUUUCCUGAUUGCCACGGUCUACGCGAUGUAUGGAUUGCUCACAAUGAUGUUGUCAAAGUUUCUUCUUGCCUUCUACAUCUGGGCAGGAAUUGGUAUUUCUUGUACUGUUUGCUCCUCUGUCGUAAUUUUUCACUACAUGCUUGUUGUGGAUAAGCAAGAAGAAUUUGUUCUCACGUUCCAGCCAGCAGUUUGCGCGUUUAUCAGGAAUAUCAAUGUUUGUAAAGUUGGAUUCAACUACGUGAUUGGAUUUGUCGCACUGGCCGUCAUCGUAUUUUUAUUCAAAUCUUAUCAAAUGAUUCUUCUCAGAAAUCUUGGAUAUCAAGCAUUCAAAGCUACGAGCGCGAAGGUGCAACGUCGAAAUAACGGCAAGAACAAUGGCAAAGAGAUUUCAAAAUCGGAAUCCGAGUCGGAUGAUGAAGAUGUUGUCGUGUUCGAGAGGGUUUUCGGAAAGUAUCCAGGAGGAAGUUCAAUUAAAGACUCGAGUGUCGCUUGA